UUAAAAAAAAAAAAAAAGAAAGAAAGUAGAGAGAGAAAGCGAGUGUGUGAAAGAGAGGAAAAAUAAGUGGUGGUUUGGUUCUGUAAUUGCAAGAUUAAAGCAAUGACACAAGAUGUUGAAGAGAUAACAGAGCAAUGGAAAUGGUCUGAAAUGCAAGGCCUUGAACUUGUGUCUGAAGAAUCAGCCUCCCAAUCUCCCUCUUCUAUUAAACCCAACAACAACUACAAUAACAAAACACCAUCGACUAGUAUUCAAGUCAAAGAAGGGUCUUCACAAGAUUCGAAAAUGGAGGUCAAGGUUGUCUCUAAAGGGAGGAAGAAAGAUGGUAAUGAUUCAGAGAAGCCAGGUUCACCUACUCCCUCUGUUGGUAUUGGUGAGCUAUUCAGAUUUGCAGAUGGGUUGGACUAUAUUCUCAUGACAAUUGGGACUAUUGGUGCCAUAGUUCAUGGCAGUUCAUUGCCUUUGUUCCUUAGAUUCUUUGCUGAUCUUGUCAAUUCUUUUGGUUCAAAUGCGAACAAUGUCGAUAAGAUGACACAAGAAGUUUUAAAGUAUGCAUUUUACUUUCUUGUGGUGGGAGCUGCAAUAUGGGCAUCUUCAUGGGCAGAGAUUUCAUGUUGGAUGUGGACAGGAGAAAGACAAUCAACAAAGAUGAGGAUUAAGUACUUAGAAGCUGCUUUGAACCAAGAUAUUCAAUACUUCGAUACAGAGGUUCGGACAUCUGACGUAGUUUUUGCCAUUACCACUGAUGCAGUGAUGGUCCAAGAUGCCAUUAGUGAGAAGUUGGGUAAUUUCUUGCACUAUAUGGCAACAUUUGUUUCUGGAUUUGUUGUUGGGUUCACUGCAGUGUGGCAGUUAGCUCUGGUAACUCUUGCUGUGGUUCCUCUCAUAGCCAUAAUUGGGGGCAUCCACACUACCACAUUAGGCAAGCUCUCUGCAAAGAGCCAAAAUGCUCUUUCACAAGCUGGAAAUAUUGCUGAACAGACAAUAGCUCAAAUUCGGACAGUAUUGGCAUAUGUUGGCGAAUCAAGAGCAUUGCAAGCCUAUUCUGCAGCAUUAAAAGUUUCACAAAGGAUUGGUUAUAGGACUGGAUUUGCAAAGGGAAUGGGAUUGGGAGCUACAUAUUUUACUGUUUUUUGCUGCUAUGCUCUUCUUCUCUGGUAUGGAGGUUAUCUGGUUAGGCACCAUUUCACAAAUGGAGGACUUGCAAUAGCAACAAUGUUUGCAGUUAUGAUAGGUGGACUUGCUUUGGGACAAUCUGCUCCAAGCAUGGCUGCAUUUGCAAAGGCUAGGGUUGCAGCUGCCAAAAUCUACCGAAUUAUCGAUCACAAACCGAGCAUUGACAGAAACAGCGAUUCGGGUUUGGAACUCGACUCUAUAACGGGACAAGUAGAACUGAAAAACGUUGAUUUUUCCUACCCUGCAAGGCCAGAAGCUCAAAUACUUCACAAUUUAAAUCUUACUGUCCCGGCCGCGAAGACAAUAGCCUUAGUUGGAAGCAGUGGUUCGGGGAAAAGCACAGUGGUCUCUCUCAUUGAGAGAUUUUACGAGCCCACUUCAGGACAAGUUCUGCUGGAUGGACAUGACAUCAAGACCUUAAAUUUGAGAUGUCUGAGGCAGCAAAUUGGGCUUGUAAGCCAAGAACCAGCACUAUUUGCCACCACCAUUAAAGAAAAUAUACUGUUGGGUAGACCCGAUGCGAGUUUAAUUGAAAUUGAAGAGGCUGCAAGAGUAGCUAAUGCGCAUUCAUUCAUCAUCAAGCUUACAGAUGGAUUCGAUACUCAGGUGGGCGAGAGAGGAUUACAACUCUCCGGUGGACAGAAGCAGAGAAUAGCGAUAGCAAGGGCAAUGCUGAAGAACCCGGCAAUCUUGUUACUGGAUGAGGCUACAAGUGCAUUGGAUUCUGAAUCGGAAAAGCUUGUACAGGAGGCACUCGAUCGGUUCAUGAUUGGAAGGACGACUCUAGUGAUUGCUCAUCGUCUCUCGACCAUCCGAAAGGCUGACCUAGUAGCUGUACUGCAACAAGGUAGUGUAUCCGAAAUUGGAACUCAUGAUGAACUCUUUGCUAAAGGAGAAAAUGGCGUCUACGCCAAGCUUAUCAAAAUGCAAGAAGCAGCUCAUGAAACUGCUCUUAAUAAUGCCCGAAAGAGUAGUGCAAGGCCAUCUAGUGCUAGAAACUCCGUGAGCUCACCAAUAAUUACCCGAAAUUCCUCUUAUGGUCGAUCACCAUACUCACGACGAUUGUCCGACUUCUCUACUUCUGACUUUAGCCUCUCUGUAGAUGGUGCAUAUCCUAAUUAUAGGAUGGAAAAGCUUGCAUUUAAAGAUCAAGCGAGUUCCUUCUGUCGCCUAGCAAAGAUGAACUCUCCUGAAUGGGCUUAUGCUUUGGUUGGUUCUAUAGGCUCUGUUGUCUGUGGCUCUCUCAGUGCAUUCUUCGCGUACGUGCUGAGCGCAGUUUUAAGUGUCUACUACAGUCAAGAUCAUUCUUACAUGAUAAGAGAAAUAGCAAAAUACUGCUAUCUUUUGAUUGGGGUUUCAUCUGCUGCACUUAUUUUUAACACAUUACAGCAUUUCUUCUGGGAUGUUGUGGGAGAGAACUUAACGAAACGCGUGAGAGAGAAAAUGUUUUCAGCAGUGCUGAAAAACGAAAUGGCAUGGUUCGAUCAGGAAGAGAAUAUUAGUUCUAGGGUUGCAGCAAGAUUAGCACUGGAUGCCAAUAAUGUUAGGUCAGCAAUUGGGGACAGGAUUUCGGUUAUUAUGCAGAAUUCAGCCCUUAUGCUGGUUGCCUGUACCGCAGGAUUCGUGUUGCAGUGGCGCCUAGCUCUUGUACUUAUCGCGGUCUUUCCGGUCGUCGUUGCAGCCACUGUUUUACAGAAAAUGUUCAUGACCGGAUUCUCGGGAGACCUGGAAGCUGCACAUGCUAAAGCCACACAGCUAGCGGGGGAGGCUGUGUCGAAUGUACGAACAGUUGCCGCCUUCAACUCGGAAUCCAAAAUUGUUGGCCUUUUCGUCUCAAGCCUUCAAACUCCAUUACGCCGUUGUUUUUGGAAAGGCCAGAUAGCUGGAAGUGGAUAUGGAUCUCAACAGAAUAAAGAACUCAUGAUGUUCCAUUUUUCUCCGCAUCCUAUGAUUAUGGCAUUGGAUCCAUAUGUAUUCAGUCACUUGUAG